AUGCCCAUUUUGAUCGCAACCCGGAAUGUUUCAUCUGCCGACGUGGCCGAAUGGCGGGUACCACAUUUCCAACCGUUGAAAGCGACUACAGACUACACGGAAGCCUGCCUUGCUGCGACUCCAUUCGCCUCGGUACCGCCUGCAAUCCCGAACCGCUGCAACGGAUAUCGACCGUUGAUUCGCAUCAAGCGCAAAGGGCGCCCGUUCGCGACCUGCUCCAUCUGCCAGGCAACCCCGUGCGAGGCACCGUCCGAACACGCACGCCUGAAGCGCGAGGCGGAGCUCAAAUCUCCAUCUUCAAAAAAAGCAACGCACGGCAGACUCUACCCGCGCCAUUCGAAUCCUAACGGUUUCCUCCCUAUCGCACCGCGCCCGACGGGCAGCGGCAAAGACGUGCGCGGCUCGUCCUCGACGCGCGCCUCACGCUCCGGCUCGACGUCUGCCGCUUCAGUGUCCUCGUCGCAUACGCCUGUCCGCGGGUCUCGCGGCUCACGGCGUAAUCCGGUCCGCGGCAGCGUCGGCGAGUGGUCGGGCUCGGAGGCCUCGGGCAAUGAGUCUGGGGGUGUGAAUCCCACGGGCUCUGCGUCAGGCGGGGCGAAUGUAUCGAGCCAGGCGACGCAGACGCUCUCCCGGUCGGCGCCAGAUUCGCUGGCGCAGGAGCCGGUGGGCUGCGGCGUCACAUUUGACCCGAUGUAUUCCCUUCUGCCGUCGUCGUCGGCCUCGGUGUCGGGGGCACAGAUGGUGCCGAUGAUCGGCCCGCUCGAGGAUGCCAACCCGUUUGAUUUCCCGCUGGAUCCUGCGCUGACCCUGGAUGACACGACGUUGGGGUAUUUAGAGGAUAUGGAGGUGGAUAUCACGGAGGGUUUGACAGAGGAUCUGUUUCAUGUGGAGGAUUGGUCCAGGUAUAUGUGGUCGCCGGAGACCGGCUUUGAACAUUUAGACACAGGAUACCCACCUGUCUCUCAAUAA